AUGGGACCUGUAAGUUACUCCUGUUAUGAAACAACCAGGACAGUAGUCCUGUUUUCAGGGUAUGCCACUUUGAGACAUACAAUCAAGCCUAACAGUUGCUUCUACAAACAGGGUGACAGCCCAUACUCUGGUGGUGUCUUCUUCCUAGCUAUCCACUUCCCCACCGAUUAUCCUUUCAAGCCACCGAAGGUCAACUUCACCACCCGCAUCUACCACCCUAACAUCAACUCAAACGGAAGCAUUUGCCUUGAUAUCUUGAGAGACCAAUGGAGCCCCGCUCUUACAAUCUCUAAAGUUUUAUUGUCCAUCUGCUCUAUGCUUACUGACCCCAACCCGGAUGAUCCUUUGGUUCCUGAAAUUGCUCACGUUUACAAGACGGAUCGCCCUCGAUAUGAAGCUACGGCUCGUGAAUGGACACGAAAGUAUGCAAUCUGA